AUGAGCGCCGCUGCGCCCGUCGAGAAGAAAAAGAAGCCGUCGGCCCUGCGCUCCAUCAUCGCCGGCUCAAGCGCUGGUGCUGUUGAGAUCGCCAUCACCUAUCCCGCCGAGUUCGCGAAGACCCGAUCCCAGCUCAAUCGUCGCCUCGUUGAAGGCAAGAAGCUGCCAUGGCCGCCGUUCGGUAGUCAGUGGUAUGCUGGAUGCACUACUCUGAUCAUUGGAAACUCCAUCAAGGCUGGCGUUCGCUUUGUCGCUUUCGAUGCAUACAAGAACAUGCUCUCAAAUCCCGACGGCACUAUUAGCGGCCCUGCCACUGUCAUUGCUGGCUUCGGCGCCGGUGUGACUGAGAGUUUGCUGGCUGUCACUCCUUUUGAGAGCAUCAAGACUCAACUGAUCGACGACCGCAAGGCUGCUCAACCCAGGAUGAAGGGCUUCCUCCACGGCAGCAGACUCAUUGCCCACGAACAGGGUGUACGUGGUUUCUUCAGAGGCUUUGUACCUACCACAGCAAGGCAGGCAGCAAACUCGGCUGUUAGAUUCAGUAGUUAUACCAGUUUGAAACAGUUGGCGCAAAGUUAUGUUGCUCCAGGAGAGAAGCUCGGCGCCCUGAGCACUUUCGGUAUCGGCGGUGUGGCUGGCAUAAUCACAGUGUAUGUCUUCCGUGUCAAGCCUCGAGAUUCAGCCACUGAUCCUCUCCCAGAUNACGUUACCAUGCCUCUGGACACCGUCAAGACAAGAAUGCAGUCAAUCGAAGCAAAGACGGAAUACAAGAACAGCUUCAACUGCGCAGCGCGUAUAGUCAGGGAGGAAGGCUUCCUAACUCUUUGGUCUGGUGCUGUGCCUAGACUUGGUCGUCUCAUCUUGAGCGGCGGCAUAGUCUUUACCAUGUAUGUCUUUCGUGUUUCGUCCAAGUAUUUGUUGCUGACAAUUCCUUUAGGUNAUGAAAAGACCAUGGACUUGCUCGACAAGCUGGACCCAGAGAAGAAAUAUCUAUGA